ACUAUUGAGAUCGAGCCUCGGCUAAACCGGCCGUUCCCAGAACCCAAAUAUGGAUCUGACGCUGACUCUGUCUCCUCCUUCUCUCUCUGUUUUCUUUCUCUAAUAUACAAACUUCCAUUACUGAUUUCUUCCUCUUCUCCUUCUUCCUUCAUUUCCAUUGCAAUCUCCUUCACUUCCUCUCUCUAUUGACCCUCCUUUUUCUCUCUCUCUCACCCCAACCUUCCCAUUCCCCGCCCUCAUGAACCGCAACUGGCGAGAGCCUCUUUCUGGCUCCCGCAAUGCUCCUCUUUUGUCCCAGCACCGCCGUGGUCAUAGCUUCACUGGAAUCUCUAGAGAUUCCGAUGAGAAUCUGGAUCUCUUCUCCAAGAAUCGCCGCAGUCUCUCCGUUACUGCCUCUGAUGACUCCUCUGAUGCGUCGGUGAAAUUGGGGAGGCUUUCAGUUGGAUCGGUGAAAUUGGCUAAGAGUGGGAUUGACGAUCUGCUUUCGUCGACUGAGGGAGGAAAACACGAUUAUGAUUGGCUUCUCACCCCACCUGGUACUCCUCUUUUCCCUUCAUCCUCUGAAAGUGAAGUUCAAUCUACGGUAGCAGCACCGAGAAGCAGCACUUUGGUCAGGUCAUCUUCGACAACAAAAGCUUCGAGGCUUUCAGUUUCACAAUCAGAGUGCAACAAUCCUUCAAGGCCAGUGAGGAGCAGUUCCGUGUCUCGGUCCUCUGUCUCCACUCCACAGUAUAGUAGUUAUUCCUCCAAUAGGUCCGCUUCAUCAAUUCUUAACACAAGCUCAGCUUCGGUUUCCUCUUACAUUAGGCCUUCCUCCCCAAGUACACGCAGUGCAUCCUCUGCAAGACCUUCUACUCCAUCUUCACGUUCAACACCAUCGAGGUCCUCAACUCCUUCAAGAGCCCGUCCAUCCCCCAACAGCCCCUCCAUUGAAAAACCAAGGCCACUACAAAGUUCAAGGCCAUCUACUCCUAACUCUAGGCCUCAAAUUCCUGCAAAUUUGAGUUCUCCUGCAGCUCGGUCAAAUUCCCGUCCAUCUACACCUACUCGACGAAAUUCUGCUCCUUCCCUCUCUUCUGUUGUUGGCACUCCAUCUUCUACGUCACGUGUUCUCUCAACAAACGGACGCAGUUCAACAUCAACAUCCCGACCAAGCUCCCCUAGUCCUCGGGUCCGAGCUGCACCUCAGCCAAUUGUCCCCCCUGAUUUUCCUCUUGAUACCCCUCCAAACCUCCGAACAACAUUGCCUGACCGGCCAAUUUCUGCUGGUAGAUCCCGUCCAACUCCUUCUGCAUCGGUUAGGGGAAGUCCAGAGACUACAUCAACUGUUACUGUGCCUAGAAGAGCUGCAUCACCUACCGUAACAAGGGGAAGAAUAACAGACACCCCAGGAAGAGGCCGAUUGAAUACAAAUGGACACCUCAGUGACAGUCCUGAAACUAGGAGACUUUCAAGUUCUUCCGAUUUGAGCGGAAGGAGACCUGUGAAGGCUUCUACAACUACAGCAGAAAGCAAUGGAUUUGGGAGGUCUAUUUCAAAGAAAUCACUCGAUAUGGCCAUCAGACAUAUGGAUAUAAGAAAUGGCCCUGGGAGUGUGCGCUCAGGUUCUGGCAAUACUCUAUUUCCACACAGCAUUCGAUCAGCCACUUCGAAGACUCAAUCCAUUGCUUUGAGUAACUCAGAGGCUACCGAUACCGACUACCAAAUGAGCAGUAACAACAACGUGGAUAGAGGAAAUCAUUUCCAUAGACCUUCUGCAACGAUCGGAACCGAAGGAGGAGGAGAGAAUGGAAGAUUUUCUGCAAGCUUGAAUCAUUUGGACAUUUAUGAAAGCUCCCGUUAUGAUGCGAUAUUACUGAAAGAGGAUUUGAAAAACACAAAUUGGCUGCACAGCGCCGACGAUAAAACGGAUUUGGCUUCCAUUUUGGAUAAUGGAUUUGAAGCUCUGCCUGAGCCUUUUGGCCUCUUAUAAUAUAUAAGAUGAGGAUGAUGAGGUUUGUAUUGUAUGUUUAUUUUUCCUUUUUUUUUUUUUUAAAAAAAAGAAAUUUAAGUUAUCAUCUUCAUCUUCAUCAGCAAUUAUUAUUAUUUUUGGCAUCAUUUUGGUUUUGAAAAUGAUGGAGAAUCUGUCCAAGAGAAGAUAAAAAUAUGGUUGUAUGUGAUUUAUUAAGAAAAAUUAGUUUGUAAUGGUAGGAGGGGUGCCUGUUGUCAAAACUUUGGAGUAUUUUUGUGUAUCCCAAAGAAUUUGUUCAGAAAAUUUGUGCUCGAACUUUUAUUUUGGGGUUAAAAAACACGUUGGUCCUCUCGUUUCAUUCAACAUU